AUGUCCAACGGGCUCGGCGGCCUGAACGAGGGCCAGCACCGCACGCUCAAGACGGCGGUGGAACACAAGCUGAACGAACUGGCAUCCUUCCAAGACACGGAGCUCGUGGAAUUUGUCCUCUUGCUCGUCCAGAACAACCGCGACAAGGCGACUUGCGUAUCCACGCUGCAGGACCUUCUUGAGGAUGUCACUGUUCCGUUUGUGGACUGGCUGGGGGAAGCAGUGAGUCAGAUCAAGGCAGGCACUUUCGUACCUCCAGAGCCGGCGCCUGCUGCGCAAGAGACUGCAGAGGAAGAGCACGAGAAGAGCGCAUCACCGCAUCGCCAGGCUCACUCCCCUUCCCGCUCACGGUCCCCUUCUCGCUCUCGCUCUCACUCCCGCUCACGAUCACCAUCGCCACGUGCGCGGUCGCGAUCCCCGCCACCGCGCCCGCGUUCCCGCGACCGGGACCACUAUGGCCACGGCUACGGCCGCCCGCGCGACAGGGGAUAUGCCGGGCGCGACGUUGACCGCCGCCGCGACGUUGACCGGGACCACAACCGCUAUCGCCGUGGUGGUGGUGAUCGCGGCGGUCGGUUUGCGCCGCGGUACCACGAUGACAGAUAUGGCGAGCGGGACGGGCGCCGCUGGCGGCGUGGAUCGCCCCCGCCUCCGCACCACCGCGACUGGCGACGCGACCGCGACCGCCGCGGUGCUGCUGCUGCUGCUGAUGAUGAUAAUGAUGAGCGACGCCGCCGUGGCAGUGGUGGCGCUGGCGCUGACCGACGCCUGUCGACUGUUGUUGUUCGCUCGCAGGACCGCACAGCAACACGAUCCGACGCCGUGCGCAAGAACAAGGCGUCGUUCAGCAACGCCAGGCUUGCGUCGAGUGCCUUUGAGGCGGCAGCGGAGAGCACGGCUGCGCCACGCCCCCGUAUCACAGACCGUCUUGGUGCUGGCUCUGCAGACUCAAAACAGCAGCAUCAGCAGCGCGCCGCCGAUGACAGCACCACCUCUGGUGCUGGUGCUGGUCGCCUUCGCGGGCGGUUGGGCGAUGCUGCCCGUCCCCGUGCCCGCGCCCGCGAGCGCUCUCCAAUCCGCCGCGCUGGUGCUGGUGAUGAGCGUGGUGGCCGUGGUGCUCGAGAUGAUGGUGGUGAGAGCGGUGAUGAUGAUCGUCAUCGUGGUGGUCGCCGCCCGCGCCGCGGUGCCAUCGACCGCGGCCGCUCCGGUGGCGCUGUGCGCAUGUUCCAGCAGGCCGCAGCCCAGUCCGCCAGAGAAGCUGAGGCGUACUACGAUGACGAAGACAACUUUAUUGCUGGCGACGAGGUGUUGUCGGACGAGGAGGAAGUGGUGCACGCCGAGGAAACCGAGCACGAACCACAGCGCGUCCAGCGACAAAACCCUCCCCGCCCAGCACACCGCGCUCCACCACCCGUGCCGGCACCACCAGCAGCACCAGCACCUGUUGUUGCCGCCCCUUCGCCACCGCUUCCCGCUGCUCCCGUGCCUGCAGGCAUGCCGCAUGGCCAGAACGCAUUCAGCCGUCUUGGCAGUCACCGCCAGCCCGCACCCGCGCCCCAGGCUCGCGGCAGCGUCUUUGCUCGCCUCUCAAACAAGAAGACGGGCGCUAUGCCACCACACGGCAUGCCCACGCCAUCGCCCGCAGCAGCACCAUACGUGCCCACGGGACUUCAGCAACAGCAGCAGCAGCAGCAGCAGUUUGGUGGUGGUGGUGGUGUUGGUGGUGGGUUUGCACAUGCACAGGCUGUCGCGAGCCAGAUUCUUCACGCUGCCGUCGGCCAACGCCCGCCAGCGCCAAAGAAGCAGAUGUUCACUGUGCAGCAGAAACCGUUUGGUGCAAAGAAGGCGGCUCCGCCUCACGCCACCAAACCACGUCCAAAGCCGACGCAGGCUACCCGUUCCAUGGCCCAAACGCUGUGCAAGUUCUUCCCAAAGUGCCUGAACAAGAAAUGCGGCUACUUCCACCCUGUCAAGUGCAAGUUUGACCUGAAGUGUGCUCGCCGCUCCACCUGUCCCUUCUGGCACAGCGACUCGCCCCUCCCACAGAUGGGCGCCCCGUCGGGACCAGCCAAGGCGCCACAGGCAACGCGACAUGUCAGCGAGCGCAAGUUUGCUUCCGACACAGUGGCCGAGAACGUGCCGCUCCCGCAGGAACAGGCGCGCAACCAGACGGUCGCUUGA